AUGUUGGUGGGCCUACGCCAUUGGUAAGUUAUAAAAUUUUAAAAUGUUUAAAACCUUAAAAUGAUGAAGGCUUAUAAUCAUAGACUUGUACUUUUGACAAAAACUGACAUUUAAGACAAGUACACUUGAAAGAUUAUAUUGUUCAAUAUUAUACUUGCACUAUGUCUUAUAAGCAAUAACACUGUCUUGCUGCAUGAUCUAUUACAAAGGUUUUUUAGAUCUAUCGCAAUUUAAAGAACUGAUUUCUGUUGAUUAUUUUGAUUAUUUGUUAUAUUGUUUUACCCUUUGCACUAUUCCUCAUGGCUUGCACACAAACUGGUAUAAGUAAAUAUAUUGUUUAAAACUCUGAAAAACAAUUGCUGACCUCUUGGCCGCCCCGAUCAGGUGUUUGGGGCCAGCUGCUUGGCCUUCCGAUCUUAUAAAAGCUGUGUUAUCUGUCCAGAGAAAUGACCAAGAAACGAUUUAAACAAUCCCGUCUCCACUUUCCUGCUCGUGCGCGGAUCUUUGGAUUCGAGAGAAUUUCAAAUUAUUUAAACACCUCCUUGGCCACAGACCUCGGCCGAGAGGUGCGCGUCCGAUUACAACACUUUUAACGAAAUUUAACUGUUAUUUAGUUAGGCUUGAGUUGACUGCUUUGUUUUAGUUGUCCUUUCUGUUUUCAGUUUUUGUUUCGAAAUGACUAGUGUACCAGUUGGCCACGAAUGGACGGGAGAGUCCUGGGACUGGCCUCUACAACACAACGAUGGUAUUGUCAAGGUGCACAACACCAAGGACAAGUUUGAGGUGGGAUUGGAUGUGCAGUUCUUCACUCCAAACGAAAUUGAGGUAGGAUUUGUGGUAUUUAUAAUUUGGUAGUGUUAGUAUUUGACUUUCUGAGUUUAAAAGAAUGUAAAAGUACUUUAUUUUUGCUAUCACGAUACAUAAAAUCUUACCAGAUUGGCUUCGUGGUCAUGUCACUAAAAUCCAAUGAAAUGCUAAGUAAUAAGUGACAUCUAAGCGAUGUUUAAAGAAAUUUAAUAUAAACUAAUAAGAGUACUUUUAAACAGUUACAGAACCAACAUCUUUUUGAGACGGUAGACUAAUGUCCUGCUAUCUUAUAGGUAAAAGUAGCGGGUAACGAGAUCUUGAUCAACUGUCGUCACGAAAGCCGUACUGAUCAGCACGGUACAGUUACUCGUGAGAUCCACCGUGCCUACAAACUUCCGGCCGACGUCGAUGCGGCCACUUUGAAGUCGCAUCUGACUUCUCGCGGCGUUCUGAACAUUACCGCCGAGAAGAAGAAGUAA